AAAGCAAAGCAAAGAGUACACAUAAAACGAAAACGGAGGAGAUGUUAAAAAUAAAAUAGAGCAAAACGGAAACAUUCAUUUAAAUUGCGAGUGGUAAUCAAGCGGAUUAAGCAUAGUUAUAGUCCACAACUAUUUUGGCUUUCGGUAUAAUAAUAAACUACGCACCGACAACGGCAACGACGACGAAACCAACACCAACAACAACCCGACACCGACGACCGACCGACCGUCCGAUUAACGCCCUCUCUUUCUCUCUCUCUCUCUGUCCCCCAAACGCUCCGCGCACUUUUGGCACCCGCUUACACACACACACACAUACAUACGCGUGUUCGCACAUUCACACAUAGAACAAUCAUCAUCAUCAUCAGCAGCAGCAACAAAAACAUCACUAUCAUCAUCAUCACCAUCGUCGUCGUCAUCGUCAUCAGCAGCACAGAGGCAAAGGCGCAAGGCACACAAACACUCUCAAACUUAUCUAUACACCGCAUUUAUCAACGCCGCCCGUCGCCGCUACUGCUGCUGACCCGUCGACCCUCCCCCGCCACCGCCUCCGCCUCCUCCACCACUUCCAUUUCCACUUCCUUUUGCACCUCCCCCAAUUCGUAACACCAACUUUGUUUGCUAUUGUUGUCUGCUGCUUGCUGCUUGCCUGUCAUUUGUUUUGUUUCCUUAAAUGUGAACGCACAUACACAUACACAACACUCGCACACACACACACACGCACGCACGAGCGAACAAAGAACAACAACAAGAAGAAGAACAAGAACAAGGCGUAAUAAGAAAGCAUAAAGCAAAUAUACGUAUUUGGCUACAAAACGAAGUGAGAGACAGACAACAAACCAAGCAAGCAAAAGGAGACGAAACAGAGACAAACAAACAGACAGAAGUCCGCGACGUGAUUGAACAAAUAACCGAAGAGUGGUGGCAACGCAACAACAGCAACAGUAGCAGCAACUGAAGACAACAGACAAUAAGAAGAAGAAGAAGAACAAAGUGCAAUCAUUAAUUAAUCAAAGAUCAGUGAACCGCAAGGGCCAGAGAGGAGAGGGGCAGAGGCCGUGUGAGAAAGAGAUUCAAACUCUAUGGGUCAAAAGGCAAGCACACCUGCGACCAGCGGCCAGCAGAGCCCACGCUCCCGAACAUUCUCCAGCAGCUCAACGGGUGCCACACACACGACAGCAGCAUCGCUGGCUGCUGCAACAGCGGACACAUCGGCGACAACAGGUGGAGGAGCUGCGGUUGGCAACCGCGGUGUCGGCGAUGCCGGUCAAGGCUUUAAUCUGCUGCGCACAUUGCCCGGCCUCCAAGUGUAUCACCAUCAGCAACAGCAGCAGCAGCAGCAGUUGCAGCUGCAGCAACAACAGCAGCAGCACAACAAUCAGCAGAACUCCACGUCCAUAGACAGGCAACGUGCUCGCAGUCUCAGCUCAGUGCCAGACAUCCAACAGCAGCAGCAGCAGCAUCAACAGCAGCAGCAGCAGCAACAACAAUUGCUGCAGCAGCAACAGCAACAGGGAUCAACAACGUAUCCGCACACACAUCCCGCCGUCUCAGUUUCGGUGUCAGCGAAUUCCAAUUCCAGUUUCCCGGCGGCUGGCAACAACAACCGAUCGCUGGCGACCACACAAAGUCUGAUGCAGCGUCAGGCACUCAAUCACUCCAUACGCGACAUGUCUAUGACGGGCGCCAACAUCAUUGAGAGCAUCACGCUCGCCUCGUCCACAACAUCGGCGAAUGGCAUUGGACGUGUUUACACAGCGACAUCGCUUCCAUCGCACAUUUGGUCCUUUAAUGGCAUCAAGUGUCCCGUGUGUAAUAAGUUCGUUUUGCCAGACGAUAUUGAAUGCCAUUUAGUUAUGUGCCUAACGAAACCACGACUCUCCUAUAACGAGGACACUUUGAUGGACGCCAAGGGCGAAUGCGUCAUUUGUCUUGAAGACUUGAGUCCAGGUGAUACAAUUGCUCGAUUGCCAUGUCUCUGCAUCUACCACAAAAGCUGCAUCGAUCGUUGGUUUGAGGUGAAUCGCUCAUGUCCCGAGCAUCCAGGAGAUUAGUAACAAUCUUAUUAGGCUAGCGCAAGGAGAGGCCAAUAACAUUUCUAUGAGAAAUGAGAAACAGAAGGAAACGGGUAUGAAAGAGAGAGAGGAGAGCUGGAUUUCGAGAGACAGAGAGAGAGAGAAGUAGAGAAGAGAGGCUGCGACAACCCGAGUUUUGGAUCGAGGAAUCGAUCGUUUUGACCUACCGACUGUUGAUGCUAUCCCAAAACAAAGAAAACACACACAAAUCAAUUGAAACAAAUUAAUUAAAUUAAAACAAACAAACAAACAAAAAAGAGAAACGAAACCAACCAACCCACAAAAAAAAAAGAUGAGAAAAGUUAAAAGUUAAAUGAUGACAAGGAAAGAAAGAUGUUGAGGAUGAGGAUGAUGGAGGAAUGAAUAGAUGAAUAAAUGAUUGUAAAGCGAAGCAACCAACCAACCAACAAAAGAAUGUCAACCAAUGUGAUGUUAAAUUUUAUAUUUUGUACUAUGGAUAUGAUGUAAUGAUGUAAUUGUAAUGUAAUGUAUAUGUAUGUAUGUAUUUAUUAUUUUAAACGAAAACUAAAAUAGGAUAAACACAAAACAACAACAACAACCGCAACUAUAUAAAACAAAUUACAAAGGAAACACAUACACACACACACCGACACACAUAUAUACACUAUAAAUAAUUUAUGCUUAAUUAGAGACGAAAACUAUAACAACAACAAAAAGCAAAGCAACCAAAAACAAAUACCACAAAAAAAAACAACAACAACAAUGGCAAGAGGUGGAGCGCGUAAACUUAAAUAACAAAUUUGUAAACCUUAUGUAUGUAUAAUUUAAUAAUUGUUUUUCCUCCCUUUUUGUUUUGUUCUGUUUUUGCUAUUUUUGUUUGUGUGUUUAUCCGCUUGACCCUUGCGUCUUCAAUAAGUUAUUGCUAGUGUUAUAUUUGAUUAUUAUUAUUAUUUUUUUUUAUAUAAAGAAUCCCUCUUUUAAUUUGUUAUAAAUGUAUUCUGUUUGUGUAUUUGUUAAUUCGACAAGAACAACAAUAAGAAAAGAAGAAUACCACAAAAAAACAAAACUAUAUUCAAUUCUGUCAUGUGAAAAUUCUGGUCAAACGAAUGCUUAAGGCAAUAUUCAUUAAAUGUAAUUUUUCAAUUUUCAAUUGGCUCAAAAUAAACAAUUUGGGGAGUUCCUGUCCUAGACGCCAAAGGAUCCCCCAAAAAUAAAUGAAAGCCGCAAAAUAAACAACAAGAACUUUAUAAUUGUAUUCAUAAAAAGAAUAAUUAUUAUUAAUGAUAACUAUAAUUUAGUUGCAUAUUAUGAUUUUGUUAAUACUUUAUUAACUUUUCCUAAGCAGCAGCUGCUCUGGGCGCAAAAUCAGCUCGUGUGUUUUUUUUUUUUGUAUGUAAAUGAUAUAAAUAAAUAUAAUAAUAAAUAUAUAUGUAUACUUUAAUAUAUUGUACAUAUAUAAAACACACACAUAUAUAAAUAUGUAAUUGUAUAACUAUAACUAUAGCGUUAGCGUUCCAUAAAGCUGACAUUAACGUUAACUGAAAACGAAACUGAAUUUCCCCCAUCUCCAAUCUCCCUUCACCCUCCUCUCUCCUCCUCCCUUGACACCCUUCAAACACAUCCAUAGCGAAAAUUAUCAUUUCUAUUCUUAACUGUUUGUAAGAUACAUUGAUAAUACUUCCACAGAAAACAAUGACGAACGCGGAAAACCUCUCCCAAAAAAAAAAACAAA